UGGAUACACCAAUACCACUCCCACAUCUCGAGCACCCUGAAUGGAGCCAUGAAGGGCUCAGCAUCUCUGCUCCUUCCCCUGCACUCACUGCCUUUCACAACAGCAGCUGCUGCAAGCAAGAAAGAGCAACAGCCAUGCUGUUGGCAGCUCUUCUCUACACCCUUUGCAGCAGGAGCUUCACCAUGCAGUGGAACACGGCGCAUUACUGUAGCACUGAGAGCCAAUGCAGGCAAAGGCUUUGGCCAAAUUGCAGAGGAGAAGCUUCCUCCUCCUCCUAGAACUACCACUAUCAGCGGUGGUGGCAGCGGCGGCAAUAGCAACAAGGAGGAUGAUGAUGAAAUCCCACAAGUGGUAUUUGAGAGGAUGAUCAGGCGGAUCCUGUUCUAUGUGGGGGCACCAAUGGCUACUGGAGUGGGGUUGCUGUACUUGCUUGACAGGGUCAAGAGCAACCACAUACUGGAUGUGCCUCUCUGGGUUCCCUUCAUGGUCAUAUUGAUUGGGUUUGGCACAUCAGCUCUUGGAAUAGCUUAUGGGACUCUGUCCACAAGUUGGGACCCAGAGAAAGAAGGGUCACUGCUGGGUUGGGAAGAAGCCCAGAAGAAUUGGCCUAUGCUUUGGGAGGAGGAUGAGGGCACCACCAAUGUUAAGUAGAUGAUGCUUCUGCCAUGUCCUUGCUUCUUUUGUACAAAGAUUCACAUAUGAUAAUGAGAAAUUACACCUUUUGCUAGUUA